AUGACAUCCCGAAAGACGCAACAAGAGAUUGACAAGACCUUCAAGAAGGUCGCUGAAGGCAUUCAACAAUUUGAGGGAAUCUACGAGAAGAUCCGAUCGGCGACGAAUCCCACCCAGCGCGAUAAACUGGAGGAGAACCUGAAACGAGAGAUCAAGAAGCUUCAGCGAUAUCGCGACCAAAUAAAAUCAUGGGCUUCGGGCAAUGAAGUCAAAGAUAAAGGGCCGCUGCUAGAGCAGCGUCGAGCCAUCGAAACUUGCAUGGAGCAAUUCAAAGCUGUAGAAAAGGAAAUGAAGACCAAGGCGUACUCCAAGGAAGGCCUCUCUGCAGCCUCGAGACUCGACCCUAAGGAGAAAGAAAAAGUGGAGACGUGCGACUUCCUGUCCAACAUGGUAGAUGAGCUGCAGCAGAAGAUUGAGGCCAUGGAAGCGGAAGAGGAGACGCUGCACAUGCAGAUGAAGAAGGGCAAGAAGGAUGUCACUAAGGCGAACCGGUUGGCGGAUCUUACGCGAAUAACCGAGCGACAUAAAUGGCACGUCAACAAAUUAGAGAUGCUCCUCCGAUCAUUGCAAAACGGCAACGUCGAGACGAAUCAAGUGCUCGACCUGAAGGAAAGCAUCAAAUACUAUGUGGAGGACGGGCAUAACGUGGAUUACUCUGGCGAAGACGAGACCCUCUACGACGAUCUCAACUUCGGGGACGACGGUGAAAUACAGUAUGGACUGAAUGCUGACAAUGACCGGGUUUCCUCGCAAGAUACGCAAUCCGUCCAAGAAGAUGAUACGGACUCUAAAGCCAAGUCGAUCAAGAGCGAUGCGACAGGCCCUCGGCGGCCUUCAGCACAGAUGAAGUCACCGCUACCCGUCCUUGCGACGCUACAUCCAUCGACAUCCACCAGUACAACGUCUGGCAUGAAGCCCGCGCCACCGCCAACACGUCUUCCGGGCGAAACACUCAAGUAUGCAUCUGCGGCAGCUGCCGCGGCUGCAAGCGACAAAAACGGCGUGGGCAUUGCCCCCCUCCCUCCACCUCCAGGUGCCAGCCCUGCUUUCCCGCACCCCCCUACACCAGCAAUAGACAAGGCGGAAGUCAUGACCACAGCCACCCCGGAGGAGCCUGCACCCGUCAACGGGGAGACGAAAAAGGAGGAGAGCGGUGAAUCAAUAUAUCAUCUCCCCCCGGGGCUGCAAGACCUGAUCCAUUCCUUCGAGGUAACGAAGAACCGAGCGUCAGCCGCUUCUUCGAAUCCACCGCCGUCUAUUCAACGACUUCUCUCUGCAUCGCUCACGACAUGCCCCGAGGCGGCCGAUGCAGAGAAGCCCCGUCAUUACAAGCCGCAGAAUCCGUAUAACACGCCUCUCUACUACCCUCAAGAACCGUUGUCCAUCUUCGACGACCCGCGGUUAUACGACACGGGGCGCAUCGACACGGAUACGCUGUUCUACCUGUUUUAUUACCGACAGGGUACGUAUCAACAAUUCUUGGCGGCCAAAGCGUUGAAGAACCAAAGCUGGCGGUUCCAUAAGCAAUACCAAACAUGGUUCCAACGGCAUGAGGAGCCCAAGACAAUUACCGAGGAAUUCGAGCAAGGGACGUAUCGGUUCUUUGACUACGAGAGUACAUGGAUGAACCGGCGCAAGGCUGAUUUCAAAUUUGUGUACAAGUAUCUGGAAGAUGAGCUAUAG